AUGGAGCUGAACGGCAGCAACUACUCUCGCGCUCCGGCCGCCGCCGUGCUCCUGGCGGCGGCGCUGCUGGCCCUGGCGUCCUCGACGCUGCCGCCGGCGUCGGCGCAGGGCGCGAGCGGCGUGGCGGCGACGUACAUCGCCUACAACGCGCCGUCGGUGAACUGGGAGCUGGGCGCGGUGUCGGCGUCGUGCGCGGCAUGGGACGAGGACAAGCCGCCGGAGUGGCGGUCGCGGUACUGGUGGACGGCGUUCUGCGGGCCGGCGGGGCCGCGCGGGGAUGCCGCGUGCGGGCGGUGCGUCCGGGUGGCGAACGCGGCCACGGGCGCGCAGGCCACGGUGCGGGUCGUGGACGACUGCGGCAGGGCCAACGGCGGCGCGGCGCUCGGGAUGGACACGCCCGUCUUCUACCAGAUCGACACCGACGGCAGCGGCAUGGCCAGCGGGCAGCUCAAGGUGAACUACCAGUUCGUCGACUGCCAGGACUAG